AUGUCAAUGAGUCCAGUGAGCCAUAGAUUCUCCCCUUUAACAGAUGAUGCCAUCCAAUGGCAUCUUGUGCUUGUUUCAGUGUGUCCCAUGAAGGAUCUUCUUGGUUUCUACCAGGUGCAGUAUGUGGUACCGGUUGCUAGUAGCCCUGGACCCUUACGAGGCCUUAUUCCCAACACUCCCCUACCGUACUGGGCCAACCUCAAGGCCUACCGGUACCAGCGGUUUAGCCAACAUUUGGACCCAGCAUCACCAUGCAGAUCCUACAUCCGGGCCAAGAGCAGAGCAUUCCCCGAGCCGACUAAAUUUCCGAUCAUUGGAGUGAACCAACCAAUGAAGCACUGA